UCACUAACAAUAAAAAUUAAAAAAUUCAAUUAAAUACCAAAACAGAUUUAAAGAUUUACAAAAUAAAGAGUGUAGAUUAUAGACUUACCCAAUAUAAUAUAGAUGAUACCUUAUUAUAAGCCUAUAUAUACAUACUAACUUCAUUUCAUAACUGUACUAUAUCUUCACAUAUAUAAUCUUGCCUUGCUUGCCACUGCUCUCAAACCCCAAAAUCCAUGUAGAAAAGCUUUCUUAUAUUAUAUAUAUCAUGUCUUACUCCUUCAAGUACUAUUUUGUAGUAAUAAUUGGCUGGCUACUUAUGAGUAGUUCUAGUAUCGAUGCACAGCUAUCUCCAUCCUAUUAUGCAUCCACGUGUCCAUUGCUUGUGCUGAUCGUACGCCAAGGCAUGAGGCAAGCUGUUCGGAAGGAGCCUCGCAUGGCUGCCUCUAUUCUUCGCCUGUUCUUCCACGACUGCUUUGUAAAUGGCUGUGAUGGAUCUAUACUAUUGGAUGACACAGCGAACUUCACGGGAGAACAAAAUGCUUUUCCAAAUAGGAACUCAGUAAGAGGAAUGGAUGUGAUCGAUGACAUCAAAACAAGAGUGGAGAGGGUUUGCAGUAACACUGUCUCUUGUGCUGAUAUUUUAGCACUUGCUGCAAGAGAAGGAGUUCUUUCGUUGGGGGGACCUUUAUGGCCGGUACCAUUGGGAAGAAGAGACUCAACAACCGCCAGCCAAAGCGACGCCAACCGAGACCUCCCUAGUCCAAGCUCCGACCUGGCCACUCUCAUCAGCCGAUUUGCCAACAAAGGCCUCAGUGCCACUGACAUGACCGCUCUUUCUGGUGCCCACACCCUUGGCUUGUCCCAAUGCCUCAACUUUCGAACACACAUCUACAACGACACCAACAUUGACGCAACCUUCGCCACCACACGCCAGGCCAACUGCCCUUUCGCCGGUGGCGAUACCAACCUUGCUCCCUUCGACGCCACCCAGAAUAGAUUCGAUAACAACUACUUUGGACAACUCGUCAAUAAGCGUGGACUUCUCCACUCUGAUCAGGAACUCUUUAAUGGCGGAUCACAAGACUCAUUAGUCACGACCUAUAGUAAUAGACAGUUUAGAUUCUUCAAUGAUUUCGCCAGUGCCAUGGUAAAGAUGGGGAAUAUUAGUCCUUUAACUGGGACCAAUGGCCAAAUUAGGAAGAGCUGUGGGGUGGUAAACUAGUUAUAAUUAGUUUAAAUAAAUAAUUUCUACUAUCAUUAUAUUGUGUAUUGCAUAAUAAUUAUUAAUUAUUCUGUCUUGUGUUUGGAUUCAUUAAUUAUUAUCUUAAAUGUUGUGAGUGAGACCAAAAUGGAAGAAAAUAAGAACGAAAGAUUGCGACC